AUGCCGGAGUACCCGGCUGACCGUUUCACCGAUGGGAAGCUGCUGCCGGGUGAUCAGAUCCUCAGCAUAAACCAUGAAGCCGUGGAGCACGUUUCUAUAGAGCAGGCAGCGGGCCUGUUGAGGGACCCUGAAGACUCGCUCCUCCUCACCGUGCUGCGCUGCACCUCGGGCGGCCCCAAGUCCUCGUUCCUCACGGCUGAGAAGAGGGCCCGGCUGAAGACAAACCCCGUCAAGGUUCGCUUUGCCGAGGAGGUGCUGGUGAACGGACACUCUCAGGGGAACUCGCUUCUGUGCCUGCCCAACGUCCUCAAGGUGUACCUGGAGAACGGGCAGACCAAGGCUUUCCGCUUCGACGCCACCACUACGGUGAAGGACAUACUGCUGACGCUGAAGGAGAAGCUGUCCAUCCACUGCAUCGAGCACUUCGCCCUGGCCCUGGAGGAGCAGUACAACAUCGCCAAGGUGUACCUGCUACACGAAGAGGAGCUCAUCGAGCAGGUGGUCCAAAGGAAAGACGCGCAUGACUACCGGUGUCUCUUCAGAGUCUGCUUCGUCCCUAAGGACCCGCUGGAUCUGCUGCAAGACGACCCAGUGACCUUCGAAUACCUUUAUUUGCAGAGCUGCAGCGACGUGCUCCAGGAGCGCUUUGCCGUGGAGAUGAAGUGCAGCGUGGCCCUGCGCCUGGCAGCCCUGCACAUCCAGGAGCGGAUUUAUGCGUGUGCCCAGCCGCAGAAAGUGUCCUUCAAGUACAUUGCGAAGGACUGGGGCAUAGAAAACUUCAUAUCCCCGACUUUGCUCCGCAACAUGAAAGGCAAAGACAUCAAGAAAGCCAUCAGCUUUCACAUGAAGAGGAACCAGAUCUUGCUGGAGCCCAGGCAGAAGCACGCCCUCUCGGCCUCUGCCGUGCGGCUGAGCUACCUGCAGAUCCUUGGAGACCUGAAAAUGUACAGCGGGAAAAUCUUUAAUGCCACCCUCAUGCUGCAGGACAGGGAGUCGUACGUCGCCCUGCUGGUGGGAGCCAAGUAUGGAAUCAGCCAGAUUAUCAACAACAAGCUCAACAUCAUCACGCCGCUGGCCGCGUUCGCGAACAUCAGCAGGCUGGAGUUCAGCGAGGAGUCCGAGAAAGUGAGCACGGUAAAAAUCUACCUGCAGGACGUGAAGGUAAUUGCGGGGUCACAGGGCGCGCGUGCCGGGAGAGCUGCGCUCGGGCCUUGCCGGUUACACGCCACCGGCACGCCGGGAGGGCGCAGGAACGCGGCAGGGACCGUCCCCUGGUUCUCCUGAGCCCUGGGCGUUCACACGUGCGCCCAAGGCAGGGCCUGUGUCCUGAGCGCCAGCCGGGCAGAGUUUAACGGGGGAGGGUGACCGUGGUUCGAGGAGCACAGCGUGGGCAGGCGCUGUCCCUGUGCAUGAUACGGCGUGGGUCGCUCCCCUUCCCCUCCCUGCCAAGGACAGAUCGACAGGGAGCUCCCCCGCGUGGAAAUGGCGUUAGCGUCCGUCGCCCUUUUCCUAGACACGCGUGCAGGGUCCUAGCCCCCCGCCUCCCGCCGCCGCUCCCGGGAGCGUGGGUUGCAAACACUGCAUGCGUCAGCUACCAGGGCUGGGCCUCGUUCGAUUCUGGGGCCUCGGCUCACGCACGCAGGGCUCGAGGGGCGUGCGCUUGCACACGCGCUCGCACAGACGGGCGCCCGCGGUUCCUCUCUGCUCACGGGGAGGGUGGGGGUCGGGGCAGAGCGAGCACGUGCAACAGAGAGGCCCGUCUGGCUUUCUCCUCCCAGCGCCACUUGAGAAGGCCGGG